AUGGCUACCCUCACUCAUGACCAGAACAAAUCCCUCGAGCAAUCGCGCCAACGGCUGGUCCAAUUAAAUCGCUCCAUCGUCUCCCUAAUAUCAAGUCUCAAUCAGUCCGACCCUCUUCCACCAUGGUCAUCCCUUCAAUCACAAGCAAGCAUCAUAUCGAAUAACCUCGUUAGCGUCUCCGAGCAUCUUUCCGACCAUCGCGAUCUCUUCUCCUCGGUCGUAGCCUACCCAGGCCCCGAUUUCCCAGGUCGUACACAUGCAAAUGCCCUUGAACAGCUUCUACGCACAAAACUUGAUCCUCGCGUUGAGGACUGGGUUGCGCGCGGCCGCGAAGCUGGUACAGCGCCAUCUCAAAGCACUACGAAUCCGGGCGCAUCACCAGGAAAUGGACCGCUCAGCGAGGCAGACCUGGCCAAACUAUGGGAAUGGGCACCACUAGAAGCUAAUCAAGAAGCGAGACGGCGCAAUUGGGGCGGUGACUUUACGCUUGAAGAGCGCGAGGCUGGCAUUGAGAAUGUCAUCACGGGAUUAAAAAGGCAAUUGGAGGAUGAUGAGGGAAGUGAGGAUGACGACGAAGAAGAAGAUGAUGAUGAGGGCGAAGAUCAAAUGGACAUCGUGGGUGUGCACCGUAAGUCUGGGGGUGGUGCUGGGUUGGAGUUUGAUAUUGCUCCUCGCCAUGCCCAUGUGGCAGAGCCAGUUGUGCCGCUGAGUGAAAUCUUGAGGUACAUGAUGACUGGCAAGAUGCCGUAG